AUGAAAAGUCGUACUCCGGCCAAACUAUUCCGCAUUGGCAAGUUGCGCAAAGUGCAUGACGAUGACGUGGGAUCGGGAGUCCGGCCUGCUGCAACACGCUCCUCCGACGCUCACUAUCAAGCAGCAAAUUCCUUCCGCUCGGAGGCGUCGCGGGCCGGGGGGGCACGUACGCGCGCCCGUUUACGGCGGCGUCGGGAUUGCGGCCAACGGGCGGUGUGCGAUCGCCAGCCACGGCCGCACGCGUCUGCCAAAAGCCGCACACACGAGCAGCGGCUAGCGAGAACGACAGACGCCCGGAGCGCAAGCGACCAACCUGUUGACACAUUUGCGAGGAAUGGAAGACACCUCCGCCGAGGCCCACGACGGCGGCCGCUGAGCCCGCCCAGCAAAUUCCUGUCAUGCCAUGAACACGCAUGGAGAGAUGAUUUUAAACACGUGACAGGAACCGUCAACAAAACCAAAAGGUUUACCAAACCCUCCACAACGCAACUCGUACAGUCCUGUCCGCCCAGAACUCGACGCUUCCCCAACCUGUCGCCAGAUGGCGGCAGAGGAGCAUCACAUACGACGACAGCACAAGUUCACUCACUCAGCCGCAACUUCUUGGCUACAUGGAAUGAAAUGACACUGAUAAAUGACCGACAUGACAUGAAGCGAAGACCGACCAAAAGAAGCUUAAGCCUGCUCACUGAAAGGACGAUCGUGGUAAAGGUCGUAGAACAUCCGGGCACAGAUUAGCCGCCAUGUUGUGUUGGGGAAAAUAUGGAAUACUCAUCAAGAGUUUUGUGUGGUGGAAGAAAAAAAAAAAACAUGUCCUCUGUCGAUUAUCUUGGGUUUUGCGUGUAGUUCAUCACACGGCAUCGCCAUGUAGGUGACAUUUGCCAACAAGUAGAGCUUCCUACUCACUGAACCUCUUCAAGGAACACACACGCAAAAAAAAACAAAAAAAAAACCUUUCCUCAAAAUGGCAGCUCACACGCAGAAAAUCUGGAACGAAUUAUCUAGCAUAAAAAAAUACCAAUGAUUCAAUUUUACUAUUUUAUAUAUAUAUAUAUAUAUUUUUUUUUACUUACCAGUGCUGACUAAACGGCGAGUACGUGUGCAAGCUAAAGGCUAAGCAACCUCAAGCUGGCCAAGGUCCAAUUCCGCGAGAAGCUAACAGUUACCACGCGGAAAUUGGCGAGUCUGCUUUUAACGUCACUGCAAUUGUCACUUGUGACCGCAACUGCCUCCAAUCCCAAUUAAGCUAUUCACAUUAACUACCGCAGUGAGCGACCAAUUAAGUGGAAAUAAUUACGGCUAACGUUGAUAUUUGCGAGAAUGUGAAAUUACCGCGAUCAGUUUGCUUGCUACUUUAUGCAUUUAAAUUCAAAAUGACAGCAGAAGUAGAGAGGCAGUUUAUCAACUCAGUGUAGUAUUAUAACUUCUGAACUUCCCCAUAAAAGUUAAAUUAGUAUGCAAAAAAAUAAAUAAAAAUAAGCCAAAUUGAAAGAUUUCACCUCAGCUACUUAAUUUUGGGCAAAAAUUAAAUGUAAUGUUUCAUUAAAAAUGACAGCAGGUUUGAAGGUAGUCCAGCUAAAUAAAUAAAUAGUACUAUUUUACUUCUGAAUUUACAUAUAAAAGAGGCCAAAUAUACUUUUUGUGAUUCAAUUAACAGUACAAUUUUUUUUUUAAAUAUAUUCAGCAAAGGGAUGGGUAAAAUAAAAAUGCAGUACUGUUGGAUGUUAUUUCCAAAGAACUACCUCUCAUUAUUGAUUGUUAUACUCAUGUACAGUAAUUGUACUACUACCUCAGUCAACGCCACUCGUAAUAUGCAAGUUUACAUAAAUUGUUUGACUAUAGUAAGGCUUAUGCAGAUUAAAUUCUGCAUAUGCCAAUAACCACUAUGAGACGCCAAAACCGGCAUGAAGGAAAAAAAACAUUUAAUAAAGAACAAACAAUUUACACCAGUUGGUCCACGCAAACAAACACAAAACACACCUCCUUGGCACAAUAUUUCAAGUUUCCAUGUAUAGCAUAAGCGGCGGCGGCAUACUUGGCGCUAGAGUGCAACGUUUAUUCACAGUAUGAGAGGCGGCCCGACGCCGUAUUCUGCUUCUAAAUCAACGGGUACAGAGACGGCAACACCAAGACAUUUAAGUUAAUCUCCUCGUAACAUGCAACUGUGUGAAGCACACCGUAAAAAACACUAAGACGUUGCGAGAAUAAAAAGCUUACAAACAAAAACAUUAAGACUUCAAAAGAGACUCGGGAGGCAAAUCAGUUCUAUUGCAGAGUAAAAACGCUCGCACUUGGAUGUCUGCACGACGACCGGUCAGGCUGUCGUGCCCGCAUGGAAUGAACACUUUGUAAACAAGACUAUUUGAAGAACUAUUAUUUAUUGAUUUAAAGGAACAGUCGUGCAUUGCAGCCAUGGAGUGACGUCUGUCUUUGUAAGACUGGAAACAUCGACAAAGUAAAAACUGAGCUGUUAAAACUCAAAAGGCAGACAAUUAUAAAAAAAAAAAAAAUUAUUAAAUCAAAACAUUUAAUUUUUGCAUUUUUUGCCAAAUGUUUGUGUAUUUUCUUCCCCAACAUUUGUGCAUUUUUCAGUCAAAUUUUAUUCUUUGUAAUAUUUACAGCAUUAUUGCUUUGGUUCUUCCAAUGUGCCUAAUGUUUGA